GUGGCACCUGAAAAAAAAUCAGAGUGAGACCUCACAGUGUUCUUAUGCUCUCUGGUGUGAGUUUGUCUGCAUGGCGGUGAUUAUUCGAUGCUUUGCAGUAAAGUCUCAUGUUUUCAGCGGCUGUGUGGGAAGAUUGUUUGCAGCUGACCUCCUGCGGUUCCAGUCUGUAAGAGGAAGAGCACCAGACAGCAAACACUACAGUUCAUCUUGCUCACGCUCAGCUACAGGGUCCACGAUGAGAAAAAAGCUGCUGGCAGAUGUGGACUGUGGGACAGACGAUGCUCAGGCCAUCAUGUUGGCUCUGGCCGCCCCAAACGUGGAGCUGCUGGGUGUCACUUGUGUGCACGGAAACACCACUGUGGAGAACGUGUGUAAGAACACACUGAGAGUUCUUCAGGCCUGCAAUAAACUAGAGAUACCAGUGUUCAAAGGAGCCGAUAAGCCCAUCCUCGGGAACACCAUAGAUACUGGACACUUCCACGGGCUGGAUGGGCUGGGAGACGCUCCUGACCCCAACCCUCCCGGUCUGGACCUGGUUCAGAAAGAGAACGCUGUGUCGGCUAUGAUCAGGAUCAUCAAUGAGAACCCAGGAGAGGUGUCUCUUGUUGCCACAGCACCGCUAACCAACCUGGCUCUGGCUGUGAGGAUGGAUCCGUCCCUACCGAGCAAACUCCGAGGGCUCUACAUCAUGGGAGGCAACACUGAAUCUCGAGGAAACACCACAGUGUGUGCUGAGUUUAAUUUUGCUGCUGAUCCAGAAGCUGCGUACAUUGUGCUGAAGGACUACAAUUGUACCACAUACCUGGCCUGCUGGGAGUUCACCUGCCACAGCAAGCUGUCCUGGGACUUUUGUGACGCCUGGUUGGCGCAGGACACCGACAAAGCUCGCUUCAUGUCACGGAUCUUCCGCCACAGCAUGGAGGCUUCACGGAGCGAGCGCUUCGAGAAAGAGUUCGUCGCUGGAUCAGGGUUUGUCUCCUGUGACUCGUACGCCAUGGCGGCCGCCAUAGACGACACGUUCAUCUUAGAAAGCGACGAGUACCCCGUUAGCGUGGAGCUGGCCGGCACACACACCAGAGGCAUGAUGGUGGUAGAUACUGUGGGGUUCAUGAAGGGGAAGGAGGCUCCUAAGAAGGCUUUUAUUAUGAAGAAGGUGGAUAUGAAGAAGUUUGAGCAGAUGAUGAUGGCUGCUUUAAAAUAAGAGCGUCUGAGCAUGCUUAAGAGGCAUGAGUCAGAAACUUCUUACUGUUCCAGUGUUUGUUACAUUUUUUUGAGUCUUCUGCGGUUUUAUAAUUGUUUCUACAGUAUGUUUGUAUUUUUUUAACAAGGCCACAAACAAUAAAAACACUGAAUUUGUUA